AUGCUAGCUCUUUGCGUUGCACAAAUCUUACAGCUGACUCAGAAUUGGGCCAUAAAUUCGAUGGAGAGACAAUCUUGUGGCUUCUUCAGCAAUCAGAGCUGUCGAUCGUGGCGGCUACUGGAAUGGGGACGAUUCCAGUCUCUGCUCUGGCGAGUGUAA